AUGGCAUCGGCGUGGCAGCGAGUCUUGCGCGCGCUCAUCAUAGCUACCAUAAUCAGCAUCGUUCUCUUUUAUUCAGCUCGGCAGUUUGGUCCUGCGCCUGUCAGCAAUACGAUACAUGAUCGCCCAGACGAUCAGCAUAAGCCUUUCCAGCCGCCAGCGCCAAAGCCAGAUGAAGAGCCUUCAUUGAUCUCACUUCCGCCGCUGGGCAAACCAACGCCGGCAUCACCGUCAACAGCAUCAUCAGAAGGUGCUGGAAUACUACCGUCCAGCACAUCGCCUGUGGCGCCGGUAUCGUCAUCAUCAUCCUCCUCGGUGCCUGCUAGCGGAACCAUCCCUGGCAUCCCUGGCAAAAUAUGGCAGACCUCCAAACAUGCCAAUCUCACCAACGAGCAGUCAACCAUGACCAACACCUGGCUCGCGAAGAACCCUACUUUCCGCCAUGAGCUGCUCACCGACGAGUCAAGUGAUGACUAUGUGCGCAGCCGUUAUGCUGAGCACAAAGAUAUAGUAGCUCUCUACACCGGACUUACCAUCCCUAUCAUCCGAGCAGAUCUUCUACGGUAUCUCAUCCUCUUGGCCGAAGGGGGCAUCUGGGCCGACCUUGACACCACCUGCGAUGAGCCCGUGAGUAGCUGGCUACCCGCCGAAACGUACAAGGCGAACAGCACCAUCAAGACUGGCCUGGUCGUUGGGCUGGAGCCUGACGCCGACCAUGGUGGUAGAAAGGUUAUUGUGGACGAUAUCGUACGUGAACUGUACGAUAUCGCAAAGCAGAAGAGCGUCGGGCCAGAAGGCAUCACGCUCGAGAUGAUCAGCGACGUCGUCGAGGUGACGGGCCGGAAAAAGAUGACAGCAAAGAUUAUAGAGUCUCUUUCCAAGACUCUUCACAAGGAGAUAUCGGACACCGAUCUCACUAGCGACAGCAAGGAACCGCGAUACCUCGACGAUGUGGUCGUACUUCCCGUCCCCGCGUUCGCCUCGUAUGACGGCAACCCGAAACCCCACGGGGAAGUCCUUGUGACACACCACCACGCGGGAACGUGGAAGAGUGCUGCCGAAGCUGCGAGGAAGAACCGUGAAAAGCAGCUGAAAGAGGAGGCUGAUAGGCUGGAAAAGGCAGCCCAGGAGGCAGAGAGGAAGCAAAAGGAAGAAGAUGCCGAAAAGAAGAAAGAGGAGGAUAGGACGAAGAAGGCCAAGGAGGACGGAGAGAGGCAACGGAAGGAAGACGAAGCGAAGCAGACCAAAGAGGUGCAGGAGAGGAGAGAAAGGGAAGGCAAGCAGCUAUAG